GGCUUGAUAGUUGAUUCUUUUGUAACAAUCGAUUACUUAUACACCAGCGAAAAUACUUUUAAGCGAUAACGCACCUGAAUUUUAAUGAUAAUCGAACUUCUGAUAAGAACCAUGCAAACCCUCCGAAGGUAGGCAGGUAAUGAAUUUGUUUUCGUUUUAGUGAUUAAACGGCAAUGCUCUCUUUUAUUUAGAGAUUAUCAAGUUACGGCCCUUGUCACACCACUGUCGGACUGAAGUUUCCUUCUUCUUGAGGACUAUAGCCUACUAGCUUGCAUACCUGCAAUCUUGAAUCUUUUCUACACGACUAUGUAAUAACAAGAGACUAAUUGUACGCGGUUUUCGUGGCUGUUUGUCACAUAAGUUAUCCCACAGGCGACAAAAAGUCGCACGCGAACGCGAACUGCCAUCUUCGAGUAAGCGGGCAUCAGCAACAGCAUCUCAUUAAUCUGUAAGUUGCUAUCUAUCUAAACGUGCGGCCAACAGAAGCAUAAACACCCUGUAUUCGUAGUUUGCUCGUCGUCUGCUCAUCUCGGUUGCGUCGUACAACGACAACCAAAAAAAAUUUGCACCACACAUGCGUCUGCAACGAGCGUUGUUCUCUCUUGCAUCCCACCGUUUCGGAAUGCCCUCUCUUACGAGCGUCAAAACAGCCAUUCGUCGCUGCUGUCCAUGCUGGAACCGUGAGCAACGAGAGGAGAGCUAACUGGCUGCUGACAUGGCGGGCAAAAAUGCCGGCUUUAUAACGAACUGAAUCGAACUCCGGCCUCAGUUCAGUGGGACGUCAGAUGACGUUAGAAGGCCGGCGUAGCACCACUAGCAUCUAGUAAAGAACGAAUGGUUGGGGAUUGCCUUUUCUCGUGUGUGGGUUUUUCUUUAGCGCCGCUAGUAGUAAGCACUGUUUGUGUCAUGUGCAGUUGUAUUCCGUCGUUGUUAUCCACAAAAAGCGAUCGUGUUUGGUGUGGCGCGGUCGUGUUUGGUUGGUGUUGAUCGGUCGUUUGUGCGUCUCGCGGCCGCCUUCAGCAUCACUCCUUCCACAAGCAUUAACAAUUCUUCCGGAUACACCCAACUACCUCUUUCUUUUUCAUUGGGCCGAUGGUCGGAUUAGACAGAGUUCCCGCAAAUAGUUUUCCAAGUACUGCGAGUAGUAGUGGUGGUGGAUUGCCAACGAAGUUGGGCCAGUCUGUUUAUUGCUUUGCCGUGUGUGCCCGCGUGGGGCGGCGCCUGCCUGCCUGCUUGCGACAUUGACUGGCCGAUCCAUCAUCAGUCUGCCGAGUGAGGCCUAUACCAGUUGGCUCUUGUUCCUAUCCAAAGAAUUGUUGUCCGUGAUUGUGCAGUUGCUGUUGCCCGACAAACAUCAGCUGCCCACCAGCCGGCCGCCAUCGUGGACUCAGUUAUUCUUUCGAUAUUACUGUAGCUGGCGAACUGUGGCGCCGGACUGUAGACUUGAUCGUUGGCUGGACAUCGUUGGAUCAGAGCCUGCCGGAGCAGUAGCUAUUGGUGCGACAGUUUCAUUCGCAGCAACCGGGUCGAGUCCGUGGCCGGUCAGUUAGUCGACCUGCUGUUGUAAACACUGAGUAGAUAACGACCUCGUCGAAUCGUAGCUGAAUAGUCGUCAGUAGCAGCGGCAGAAUUUCGCUACCGAGCAGUUAGGCCGCGGCCGAGCGGGAACCUACAUAGCGAAGGCAAACAUGGAGGAGCCGGUCAUCGAUAACGAGCUGCUUCUCGAGGACGAGAACAUGGCCGAAGGCGGUGAUGAGGAGGGAUUGGAUUCGCUUCGAGCUCGCGUCAAAGAAAUGGCAGAAGAAGCUGAGAAACUAAAAAAACUUCAGUCAGAAGUAGAUAAGUCGUCGAGCCAUUUAUCAGAACAGGAAAAGAAAGAGAUCGACCAGCGGUCGAUCUACGUCGGUAACGUCGACUACGGUGCCACAGCCGAAGAGCUCGAGCAGCAUUUUCAUGGCUGUGGGUCAGUGAAUCGUGUGACUAUUCUCUGUGAUAAAUUCACUGGUCACCCAAAAGGAUUUGCAUACAUAGAGUUCGCAGACAAGGAUUCCGUCGAGACAGCAAUGGCUCUCGACGAAAGCCUAUUUAGGGGACGCCAAAUCAAGGUUCUACAAAAACGCACAAACAUGCCAGGUAUUAGUACGACAAAUCGACCCCCUCGUGGGCGCGGGUUCCGCGGUCGUGGUGGUUUCCGUGGUGGAUUUCGAGGUGCUCCACGCCGCGGCGUUUUUAGGGGCCGUGGCUCAAGGGGUGGCUUCCAUGCAGGGUAUGCUCCGUAUUAAUUUUGCAGAAAGCGAGCGAGCCCCAAGGGUUGGAUGGAAGAAAAAAGAAGAAACCGAAAUUAAAAAGUCGGGAUAGUGCUUCUACCGUACAUUAUAUACAUAUACAUAUAUAUGUAUAUACAUAAUGUAUUAUUACUAAUUAUGAACUGUGGACAAAAUAUACAAAAAAACAAUUAGCCCUACGUAUAUAAGCAGUACGCAGAGACAGAUUGAGAGAGUGAAGAAGUGAGGAUAAGCGAAACGUUGCAUUGGUGAUAGGGUUCAUUGACUACACAAGAAAACACAGAUGAUCUGCAGCAAUUCGCCCGCCAUUGGCACGAAAAGACCGAUAUUGGAUAGCUACGCGGAGAAAUACCGUAGCAAAAGAAAAAGGAAAAUUUAUUUGAGAACUAGUAGCUCGUCGUGAAGAACAUUACGUAAGAAGUAGCGAGGCGAGUACCGUGAUACAAUAUUGUUAUUUUUAUAUAGGCAACAGUGCCGUUGUUGUAAUACAACCGGAGAAUCAUCACUAUAUAUCCGAGCACAUAACGGAGGAUUAAAGCCGCGUAAUUGAAGAUCAUGUGAGGAACGUGAUUCAACCGUUUAACUCAAUGGAUCGUGACCAACGAAUCAUUAGAUAGUAUAUUGUGGCGAUUUUUGUUUUCAGAGUCAGUAACCACCGUUUUUUUUGGCUGUAGCCACCACCUGUCUGAUUCAAUGCCAAUAGCGGGCCGACUCCACACAACACCAUACACGAUAUUAUUAUAACAUGGAAAAUCAUAAAGUUAAGGAUACUAAUCACAUCAUGUAAAAGGAGCAAAAGCAAGCUUGUACGUAGGACAUUACCGAAAAUAGGGCGGUGUACGUUUAUGCUGGGAAAAGCUAAAGGUAGCGAGGCUGUGAGUGAAAGAAAAGUGGAGAAAUGAAAAAAGAAAAGUGAAAAAUAAAAAAAGGA